AUGCUGUUCGAGGAGAAAUCACUCACUAGUGACGAUGAGCAUUACAAUGAAAACCUUUCACUGUCUGAUCAAGCCUUCUGCCUAGUUUACGUCAUAGAUGCAAGUACAAUCCAACUCGCUGCAGAAGAUAAGAUAAUUACUGAGAAAUUGAAACUCAUUCGCCGGACCAUCAGUGAUAACGGGAUUCCUCAAGUGAUUGUCAUGUCUAAAGUGGAUGAAGCAUGUCCUCUGGUCAAAAAUGAUCUAAAAAUGGUCUACAGAAGCAAGAAGAUCAAAGAGAGGAUGGAGUUGUGCAGUGCCAAAGUGGGUGUUCCAAUGAGCUACAUCUUCCCAGUGAAGAACUAUCAUUAUGAGAUUGACACAAAUGAUGAUGUUGAUGUUUUGAUUCUCAAGGCAUUAGAUCAGAUUGUGCGUUCUGCUGAUGCAAGACAGAGGCGUGGUGCUUCUAAUGAAUGAGUUUUGGGGACAAAAACCAACAUUAAUAACAUUUAGAAUUUAAUGAAUAUUAAAUGGCCAAAAGUAUAUCAUCAUCUGAAUUAAGACACAUUCCAUGUGCAACAGGUUAUGUACAGGUUAUAGCCAACAUUUGAUAAUGAUAAAAGUGACCCACACAUACACACAGUAUUAGAAAUUGCUACACAAAUUCGUUUUCAUCUUGAUUGACUUGAACACGAGCUCAACAACAAAAAAUUCAAAAUGUGCGUGCGUGUGUGUGUGUGUGUGUGUGUGUGUAAUUAUGUAAUGAACAAAAAAAAGCUCAAAACGUUUUUCUAAAUUAGCUUAUGAAAUAUAAUCAUUAUGUC